AUGGGUGGUGUUACUGCUACCAGCGGACAAGACGCUUCAUUUACGCAUCUCAUUGAUGAGAGGAGGAAGUGGUACAACAACAAGCGACUCAUCACUCUCAACGCCUGGAUUGUGCUCCUUCUCAUCACUUCCUCAACGAAUGGGUAUGACGGCAGUAUGAUGAAUGGACUGCAGUCCCUUCCUCAGUGGGAAAGCGCUUUUGACUACCCCUCUGGAUCUAAACUUGGUCUCUUGAAUGCCAUUCAGAAUAUUGGUUCUUUAGCAGGCUACCCAUUUGCCCCUUACAUGUCUGACGGCAUAGGUCGCCGUAGGACAGUCUUCUUUGGUGCAACAAUUAUGUGUGUCGCUACUGCCAUACAGACUGCUGCUCAGUCCGUCGGCAUGUUCAUUGGCGCUCGAUUCCUCAUUGGUUUUGGUCUUACUUUUGCCGCUAACGCCGCACCAAUGUUGGUCACCGAGAUUUCGUAUCCCACGUACCGUGCCCCCCUGACCUCGCUAUACAACUCCCUUUGGUACUCUGGAUCUAUCAUCGCUGCAUGGACAACUUAUGGCACUUUCAAGAUUAACAGCACAUGGGCGUGGCGAAUACCUUCUCUCCUCCAAGGCAUCCCGUCCAUCCUGCAGUUUACUCUUGUCCUAUUUGGACCUGAGUCACCCCGUUGGUUGAUCAAAAAGGGUCGUGAUGCUGAGGCUCUUAAGACCCUCGCCUAUUACCAUGCUGAUGGCAAUGAACAAGACCCGUUGGUUUUGUAUGAGUUCCAGGAGAUCAAAGCCGCUCUCGAGUAUGACAACGCUGUUGCCUCAAAUGUCGGUUGGAAGUCUCUUAUUGCCACUCCCGGCAACAGGAAGCGCAUGCGCAUCAUCGUUGCUCUUGCAUUCUUCUCUCAAUGGUCUGGCAAUGGUCUUGUUUCGUACUACCUCAAUAAGGUCUUCGAUCAGAUCGGUAUCACCGGCUCAAGCACUCAGUUGCUGAUCAACGGUAUCUUGCAAAUAUGGAACUUGGCAUGGGCCGUCUUCGCUGCUACCAUGGUCAAUAAACUUGGGCGUCGUUUCUUGUUCUUACUUUCGGCGUCUUUGAUGACACUCUUCUACAUGGCACAAGCUAUCUGCUUCGCGGAAUACGCCGAGCAUGGUCGUGCCGCUGCCGGUCACGCAGUCAUCGCCUUUAUCUUCCUCUUCUACGCGGCAUACGACCUAGCAUUUACCCCUCUCAUCGUCUCCUACACGGUGGAAAUUCUACCUUUCAACAUUCGUGCAAAGGGCUUCAACAUCUUCAACUUCGUUAUCUCUAUUACGCUCAUUUUUAAUCAAUAUGUAAACCCAAUUGCAUUGGACGCCCUGUCAUGGAAGUACUACAUCGUAUACGUCUGCUGGCUCGCUGUCGAGUUCAUCUUCCUAUGGUUCUUCCUCGUUGAGACUAAGAACCGGACUCUUGAAGAAACCGCUGCCCUCUUCGAUGGUGAUGACGUCCUUGAACAGAUCGCUAACAAGGCGGAGGGUGCAAACGAGGUGCACGAAGAUGGUACAUUGGAGAAGAGAUCUUUCGGCGCGGACAACGAGGUGUCCAGAGCUUAA